AUGCCAUCCUACACGGUCACGGUAGCCACGGGCAGCCAGUGGUUCGCGGGUACCGACGACUACGUGUACCUGAGCCUGGAGGGCACGGCGGGCUGCAGCGAGAGGCACCUCCUGGACAAACCCUUCUACAACGACUUCGAGCGCGGCGCGGUUGACUCCUAUGAUGUGACUGUGGAAGAAGACCUUGGAGAAAUUCAGCUAAUAAAAAUUGAGAAACGAAAAUAUUGGUACCAGGAUGACUGGUACCUUAAGUAUAUUACUGUAAAAACACCAGUGGGUGACUAUUUGGAGUUCCCAUGUUACCGCUGGAUUACAGAUGAAAAAGAGAUUGUCCUUCGAGAUGGAAGAGCAAAGCUCGCCCGGGAUGACAAGACCCAGAUUCUCAAGCAGCACAGACGCAAAGAGCUCGAGACCCGUCAAAAAAUGUACCGCUGGAAGGAGUGGCAUCCAGGCUUUCCCCUAAGCAUCGAUGCCCAUUCUCACAGUGACCUGCCUCGUGACAUCCAGUUUGACAAUGAGAAAGGAAUUGACUUCAUUCUGAACUACUCUAAAGCGAUGGAGAAUCUUUAUGUCAACCGUUUCAUGCACAUGUUCCAGUCCUCCUGGAGUGACUUUGCAGAUUUUGAGAGGAUCUUUGUCAGAAUCAGCAACACAAUCUCUGAAUACGUGAUGCAGCACUGGAAGGAAGAUUUUAUGUUUGGCUACCAGUUCCUGAAUGGAUGCAAUCCUGUGCUGAUCCGGAGAUGCACAGAGAUACCCAAGAAGUUGCCUGUGACUAUGGAUAUGGUAGAAUGCAGUCUGGAGAGGAACCUGACCCUGGAGGAGGAAGUGAAGCAAGGAAACGUUUUCAUUGUGGACUAUGAGCUGCUGGAUGGUGUGGAUGCCAAUAAAACAGACCCAUGCACAAUACAGUACUUGGCUGCACCCAUCUGUCUGCUGUAUAAGAAUCUGGAGAAUAAAAUUGUACCCAUUGCAAUCCAGCUUAGUCAAAAGCCUGGGCCGGACAAUCCCAUAUUCCUUCCUUCAGAUGCCACAUAUGACUGGCUGCUAGCUAAAAUUUGGGUUCGCUCAUCUGAUUUCCACAUCCACCAGACAGUGACCCAUCUCUUACGGACACACUUAGUCUCAGAGGUGUUCAGCAUAGCUAUGUUCCGGCAGCUGCCUGCUGUACAUCCCCUCUUCAAGCUCUUGGUGCCACACAUGCGGUUCACAAUAGCCAUCAAUACCAAAGCCCGAGAACAGCUUAUCUGUGAAUGUGGCCUUUUUGACAAGGCAAAUGCUACAGGUGGAGGAGGACAUGUACAAAUGGUGCAGAAAGCAAUGAAGGAUCUGACUUAUAGCUCCCUCUGCUUCCCUGAGGAGAUCAAAGCUAAAGGGAUGGACAGCAAAGAGGAUAUCCCCUACUACUUUUACCGGGAUGACGGCAUUAAAGUCUGGGAGGCUAUAAAGAGUUUUGCAGAGGAUGUGAUUCACAUCUACUAUGAGAGCGACGAGAUGGUGUGUGAGGAUGUGGAGCUCCAGGCCUUCGUCAAAGACAUUUAUGUCUAUGGGAUGAGGGGUGUGAAGGCCUCAGGGUUUCCUAAGAUGAUCAGGACACGAGAGAAGCUAGCAGAAUAUCUCACAGUGAUAAUAUUCACCACAUCGGCCCAGCAUGCAGCUGUGAAUUUUGGUCAGUAUGACUGGUGUUCCUGGAUUCCCAAUGCCCCACCAACGAUGCGCCGCCCUCCUCCGACAGAAAAGGGGACAGUCACCAUCGAGCAAAUUGUGGAGAGUCUGCCAGACAGGGGACGUUCUUGUUGGCAUCUUGGAGCUGUCUGGGCCUUGAGCCAAUUCCAGGACAAUGAACUGUUUCUGGGCAUGUACCCAGAUGAACACUUCGUGGAAAAGCCGGUGAAAGAGGCUAUGGCAAAAUUCCGCAAGAAUCUGGAUGAGAUUGUCAACGCCAUCGCUGAGCGCAACAAGAACAAAAAGCUUCCUUACUACUACCUUUCUCCAGAUCGCAUUCCUAACAGUGUUGCUGUUUGAGCAGAUACCCAGGAGAGUUUGGAGGCGUGUAAAGCUAACGAUGCCUUCCUGUUACAUGUGCGUCUUUUCAAUGAACUUUCAGAAAUGGAUAAAAUAAGAAACCUACCCUCUCCAUCAGAGCUGACCCAUAGUCUAUUUGGACUUUCAAAACAAAUUUGAUUAUGACUGAUCUUGCAGAUAAAGUCUAGUUGACAACUCUCUAGGUCAAAUUUGUUACAAGUUCAUUUUUCCAAGAUUUUUUAAUUAAUCUUGGAAUCAAUAUCCAUGUCUCUGUUAGCUUUCCCUCUCCUGGUCAAAACAAUAUAAUCACAGAUUCACUUAUUCAAGGAAGAUAGUAUCAUGAGCAAUAAGCAAGUCACAUCUUUAAAAUCCUUCCUAUUUUUAAUAGGUGACACUG